GAAUGCCGCGGGUCUUGUAGAAUGCCAGCAGCAUGGCGGCAAUGUCAGAGAGGACACCUUUUCCAGCUGGUGCCUCUUGCUUAGCUGGGCUCGGGAUGGGCUACAGUUCGUCUUUCCAUCCUUAUUUCAUGUUCCAAGAUGGCGGCAGGUCGAAGGUGCCAAUGAGCACCCCGCUGCCACUUCACUUGGGCCCUAGGAGCUGUUCGGUGCCGCUUCGCGAGGCAGACCUGCGAAAUGGAUGGAGUCUGCCAUCACCCCGAAGCACAAGCCCUCAAGUGGCAGUGCCUCCAGUCUUCGUAUCGGCACGGACCAAUUCCUCCUCACCCAGGAGGCCGACACAGAGACAUUUCUUGCCAGAGGGCCCGGCUAUUUUGCAUCCGCGGGUUGUGCCUACGCGAUGCGUGUCACCAAUCCGAAGCCAUCUGAAUGCAUUGGGUGCAUUGGAUGGGUCAAGAAUUUCUGGAACAUACUCGGUUCCACAUCCUCGCCCCGAAGGUCCUGACUCGGCGAGGACCAGCUGUUCUCAAGUGACACUGCCACACACGUGCAGAGCAAAUGGCUUGACAGGUUUUCCUGAUGCCCAAGCGAGCGUGCGAACGUUGGACGCUUCGGAUUACAUUGUAUAUUCAAGUCCUGGCAAUGUUCUUUCUGCCAAUCUGACUGCCAAUCCAACGGCACGCCCAUCGGCUGAUUUCAGCCCCAAGAACAGUGUUUGGAAACGCCUCUUUGCUCAGCCUACACAAGCCCCCCAAGCCCCACAGGCCUCACAAGCCCAGGCCUCGGCCCCGCAAGAGACCCUGCAAAACCCACAGGCGCAGAUGGCGCAGGUGCCGCAGGUGCCGCAGGCAUUUGAGGCAGGUGCCUUGGAGAGUGCCCAGCGUGAUUUGCAUUCCCAGACACCAGUUCGCAGACCCAGCACCGGACUCCGGCGGCCAGUAGAAGCAGAGACCUUACCGGCAACAGCGCCCAAUUCUGCGCGAGUUGACGCAGAUCAUGGGAAUGUUUUUGCUCAUGAAAAGGCCUUGCUGACGCGAAGGCCUGGUCUCAAGGAUGUGGUUGGUAAAUUUGGCAUGCCAGCAACUGAGAGCAUUGCGGAGCAGGAUUUGGAGAACAAGGAGCUGGCGGUUGAUGGGGCAGCUGAGAGCGACAACAGCAAUGGCACAAGGAGCCCGAUUGUCGCCUCUCAAGCCAGUUCAGGUGCAGAAGCACAGCUGGCAACGUAUCACGAGACACCUGCCGCAACUGACGAUGAGCCGAUGCAACAAAGCAGACGGGAUGUGGUAUCUCUACAGGACUCGGACAGUGUAAGCCGUAAUGCUAGUGAUACCUUGGGUGAAUUUGUGCCGGAAGUCCAAGUUGCGGCCAUAGCAGUGGCAGCUGCAGCAGUCGAAGAAGCUGCGAGCGACAUUUCGUCCAAAUACUUGUACGAAUUGCGGUCCCUGCGCAAACCUCCAGCUGCCAUUUGCCAGGCUGUUGAAACAGCUCUUCGGUUGUUUGGGGUUGACGCAGUGUGGUCAACCGGCAGGCGCCGCCUGGACUCCCAGUUCCUGCAGAAGCUGAGAUCUUUUACACCCUUGGAGGCUGCCAGGUGCCCUUCUGCACAAGUGCAGCAGUUCCUCCAGAAUUUAGACGCCCCGGUGUUUUGUGAUGCGUCCUUGCUGGCAAAAUGCCCAGCAGCAGCACCGCUGGCAAGAUGGUGCGUCGCAGCUGCAAAUUUGCUUCUUCGGCUGAAAUCUUCUUGCACAGAUGAGCCACCCGAGUUGCCUGACAAUUUAUCGAGCGAGGUGGCUGCACCAUCACCCAGAGAAUGCCCAAUUGCCCCGGACUUGGGCGGGCUGUAUGUGAAGCCGCUUUUGUGGGAGAUGAGCUGGCAAGAGCAGCAGUAUGUGCAAGAUCUGGAGAUUGGCCGGGCUGGUGUUGGCCAGGUCAUCUUUCAUGGUGUCACCGACUGCCGUGAUUUGCUCCCCCUGAUCCCACAAAUCCUGUCAGUUCAGCCUGGUGAGAUCAUUGUGUACCCAGACGCGGCUUUGAAGCCAGACGUGGGCCAAGGGCUGAACAAGCCAGCCAGCAUCGUGCUCCAUGGCUGCAUGCCAAAGUCUCAGAGCUGCUUCGUUGACCAGAAGGCCCGGCAACGAUACAGGCAGCGGGUGGCGCAGAUGACGCAGGACAAGGGCGCCAUCUUCGAGGAUUACGAUCCACUAGAUGGCACCUGGAAGUUCAGAGUGCCCCACUUUUGAGCCUUCAGGCCCAUCGAGACGCCGAGCCUGGUGAUUG